GAAUGGGUUGACACACAGCUUGCAAAAUGAGGGGUGGAAGUUCAGAACGCCUGGUGCGACCGGUUCGUCGCCGAGGAGAAACCCGUGCGAAACUAACAAGAUAUAUUACGGUGUUGCUGGCAGGACUUUUGGGCGGAGGCGGGUCAGCUCUGCUCUUCCUCGUACCACUUUACGCUGACCCAGCGCUCAGUGCCCUGGCCGCAGACUUCGAUCCGAUACCAGCGGAAUGCGUCACGGAACGGCGAGACGACAGGUUGGGCCUGGACAAUUGCACCUGGGCUUCCUGCAGAGAAGGUUGCACUAGUGACGCCUAUAAGUGCACCCAACUCCACGUGAAAUACAAAGCUUACUCUAACGAUUGGCGUCCUGCUGUGUUGUUUGUGAACAUAAAAGGAUGCGGGUACCCGCCGACUGUGGAUUGUGAGAACUUCACGAUGAGUUAUGGUUAUGUCGGUGCAAGGUAUCCGUGCUACUGGUCGAGAGCUGACACGGGCGUGGUGAUACCACGCUGGUCACGCGGCGAGCAAGUGGCGACGGUGACCAGAACCCUGGCGCUUCCUUUGUUCCUAUCUGGCUGUGCUGGGAUUGGGCUGUGCGCGCUGCACUGCGAGUGUCGGCCGCGCCGCCGCCGCCGUCCACCACGCCGCCCACCACGCAUUUCAACACCGGAAGAAACUUCAGUCUACCGUCUUGCCUAGCAAUGCGACCAAUACUUUUGAAUGGAUACAGCAAUUAUCUGCAAUAUUUGGCACAAACUAUA